AAACAAAAACCUUAAACUACUAUUCGCCUGUCUCAACAGAAAUAACAAUCCAUCCUAAAAUGGCAGCAAGAGGAUUAUCCGGAGAAGCUUUAACGGCAUACAGAUCAUUAUUAAGAGCAACACGGAGAUCGUUCGCCGGAGACACCAUCAUGCUCGACGGUUCUGCGGCGGAGGUUAGAAAGAAAUUUGAAGAGAACCGGCACGUGACUUCCGAACCUGAGAUCCGGAAACUUCUAGAUGAGGCACGUGAGGCCUCUGAUUUUAUAUCUAAUAUGAUCGUUCAAGCUAAGCUUAAUUCUCGCGGCGGUUAUGAGGUGAAGGCAAGCAAAGAACAUGCAGGAGCAACACUUGAAAUCCCUUCUGAAGAAAUUCUUAAAAAUUCUACCUGAAAAACUGAGGAGCUACAGAGGCUAGUGAGUGGGCGCCCACCAACAGGCUUCUUUGUUUCUUGAUCUAUUUUCAUGUGAUAGUGUUCUCGUACUUCUGGUCUGUAGUUCAUCAUAAUUUUUGAGGCUUUUAUUUGACUGAACUUAUAUAACCCUACAUGUCAUCUAGAGUCACAUGGGUUUGUUCUUUUGCAAUUGUUGUCGCUUGAUUGUAAUGAACACACGCUCUUAAAUCAUUUGCUCAACGGCAAUUAGAAUUGCUACACUAUUGACUA